UCGACGGGAAUGGAAGAUGACUUGGUUAGUUUGAAUGUGUACAAGAGGAAUAUGCCGAGUUUUGUCGACGGAGAGGCAGUGAGUAAUCUACCAGAAGUGUCAAGAGAAGUUGGAUCACCAAGCACAGAUUUUGACCAUGAUAUCCGAGAUGCAAAGGUGCAAAUCCUGGAGGAUUUCCACAGCCACGAACAGAAAAAGAAUGCAGAAAACCCAGACAAGGACAGCUUUAGAAAAACGACAGCAGUGGAAAUUUUAAAAAUAAACUUCGGUGGGUCUAAAUCGUUGACCACAUUUCAUGACAAUAACACAGAAGACACUAAAGAUGUAGAAACUGUUGACACUGUUUUCAGAGGACAGGCAGAGGAGCAUGGGACGCUUACAGAGGAUAUCAUACAGUGUAUGUCUAGUAGAAACGAAGACAUCGACGGAGGAUUCCCAAAAGGCUUGGUAACGUUCGAAUCAGAUGAUGAUGUGAUUUCUGAUUCUAAAGAAAACCGUGAAAGUAAAGGCACAAACGGAGAUGACGCUUGCCAAUCUAAAGAGCACGUUUAUUGCACAGUUUACUGUAUUGCCAACGACAGGAAAUUAAAUGAGAAUUUGGGAGAUCAAGAAAACGCAGAUAAUGGGACGGUGAGCCCAUCCACAUCAGAUGUCUCGGUUCUACCUCCCACUGAUUCUCUGGAGAAAGACUUGGAACUUGGUCAAUAUUCUGAACUUUACACACUGAAUAACCUGGUCGAUUCCACAGUUCUUACCAACAUUUACAGCGGGGAUUAUAAUUUAUCCGUUGUGUUAACGUGUCGCAUAUGCCUCGAUGACAAACACAUCAAGCCGCUACAUUGCUGCAAAAAAGCCGUGUGUGAGGAAUGUCUGAAAAGAUACAUCGGCUCUCAGAUUCGCGUGGGGAAGGCAGACAUUGUCUGCCCCAUCACGGAAUGCAGUGGGUACCUGGAGGAGAGCACGGUGGUGGCCAACCUGGCCAGUGAGGAAGUGGCGAAGUACAAAUACUUCCUGGAGUUGAGUCGACUGGACUCAAGCACCAAGCCCUGUCCACAGUGUAGCCUGUUCACCUCUCUGAAGGGAAAAGCAUUCCUUACACCCAACAGGACCGAGCACAAGUACAAGAUUCAGUGCACAAAGUGCAAGUUUGUUUGGUGUUUCAAGUGCCACUCCCCCUGGCAUGAAGGCCUGAAAUGCCGUGAGUACAGGAAAGGUGACAAACUCCUGCGCCACUGGGCCAGCGUCAUCGAGCACGGCCAGAGGAACGCCCAAAAGUGUCCGCGCUGCAAGAUACACAUCCAGAGAACAGAGGGCUGUGAUCACAUGACCUGCUCCCAGUGCAACACUAACUUCUGUUAUCGAUGUGGAGAGAAAUACAGACACCUCCGUUUCUUUGGGGACCACACCUCCAACCUGAGUGUGUUUGGAUGCAAGUACAGAUAUCUUCCUGAGAAGCCCCACCUCCGCCGGCUGGUCCGGGGGUCCGUCUGUGUGAGUAAGAUGCUGGUGGCUCCAGUAGUCAUUGUGUUGGUUGUGGUGGUUGGAGCAUUGGCACUGGUUAUAGGUCUGGUUGCCUUCCCCAUCUAUUAUGUGUGUAAGAAGAGGAAGAAGCGUUCUCAAGGGACGAGCCGUUGGCUCUGCUGAGCAGGUCCACCUCCAGACAGAGUAUGACAGAGAUACCAAACAGACUGGAGGGAGAAGACUGGUCCACAGCAUCUCUCCCCACGUCUACUGAUCAGCCCACACACACACGCGCACACACACACACACACCAGGCUGUCCACUUCUCUAUUCAUACACACUUACAUGGACAAGAGGUUACAGUGUCACCAUGGCAACCACAGAGCAGUGUGGUUCCCCUGAUCUCCCUUGCAAAGGAGUGAAUGAAAGACUGUAGGGACUUCAGACUGAAUCCCUUACGACCUCUCUCCUGAGACUUACCAAUCUGAUAUUGUUAGAGUUACGAAUUUUAAGCACUACAGGAUGUGUAGUAAAAAUGGGCCAAUGACUUGUGAGUUACUCUGCCAUAACAUUGUAUAUAAUUUUAACAGAAUCCAAGGACAGGAUGCUUGUUAAGCUUGGCUUCCAGGGAUUUCAGGGUUGUAGAUGACUGCAGUUCUCAUUUGUUCUCUUUGUCUCUUUCUCGUUUUUUCUCAUUCUUUCUAUCUCUCUCUCUCUCUCUUUCUCUUUCUCAGUCUCUUUCUCUCCCUCUCUUGAGCCCAGAGUGUUGUGCCAAUAUCCAGUGGAAUUUGCAUCACUGACUAAAUGCAUUUCAGUCUGUUUAGUGGGGAACAAUAGCCACAGCGUUGUAGGAAUAGCUGCCAAUGUAAGACACAAAUGGUUUGUCAGCACGGUCCCUGUGCCAUGCCGCUGACAGCUAUGCCAACUCCUCGCCAGUGUUUAUGCCUGAGGAAACUGCUACAUGUACCAAAGUCAUAUCAUAUUUAUGGCUAUAUUUAAUCUGUAAGCAUGCUGGCUUCUGCCCUGGUGUGUAGGUCAGUUUGAAAUGAAAU